AAGAAUUAUAUGGCACUACGUAUAGAGAGAGGAGAGAGAGAGAGAGAAUGAGAGAAGUCAAAAGUCUGUUUUCCUUGUUCCUGAUAAUCAUCUUUGGACUAGUCUUUAUUGAUAAUCAAGUAAAUGGUGAAGACCCAUACAGGUUCUACACUUGGGCAAUCACUUAUGGUGACAUCUACCCUCUUGGUGUCAAACAACAGGGAAUCUUGAUAAAUGGGCAGUUUCCAGGGCCACAGAUCGACUGUGUCACCAAUGACAACCUCAUUAUCAGCGUCUUCAAUUACUUGAAUGAGCCUUUUCUCAUCUCUUGGAAUGGCUUACAACACAGGAGGAAUUCAUGGCAGGACGGGAUGUAUGGCACUAACUGUCCAAUCCCGCCAAGGAGGAAUUUUACUUACAAUCUUCAAGCAAAGGACCAAAUCGGUAGCUUCUUCUACUUUCCAUCUCUUGGACUCCACAAGGCUGCUGGAGGUUUCGGUGGCAUUAAAAUCUCAAGCCGCCCUCGAAUUCCGGUCCCUUUCCCUCCUCCUGCUGCUGAUUAUACUGUCCUGGCUGGAGACUGGUUCAAAAGAAGUCAUAGACAAUUAACGCUAUUCUUGGAUGCUGGUCACAAUCUUCCAUUCCCCGAUGGCCUUCUCAUCAAUGGGCGAGGAUGGAACGGGUACACAUUCACUAUCGAUCAAGGUAAGACAUACAGGUUCAGGAUAUCAAAUGUGGGGCUUGCGACAUCCAUUAACUUUAGAAUACAAGGGCACACAAUGAAAUUAGUAGAGGUAGAAGGAUCGCAUACACUCCAGAAUGCUUACUCUUCCCUCGACAUCCAUUUGGGUCAAUCCCUUUCUGUCUUGAUCACUGCUGAUCAGCCUCCAAAGGAUUACUACAUUGUCGUUUCUUCGCGCUUCACCUCUCGAAUACUCACAACCACAGCCAUUCUCCACUACAGUAACUCAUUUACCCGUGUUUUUGGUCCUCCUCCUGGAGGGCCUACCACUCAGAUUGAUUGGUCCCUCAACCAGGCCAGAUCUAUAAGGUGGAAUCUCACUGCAAGUGGACCGCGUCCAAACCCACAAGGCUCAUACCAUUAUGGAAUGAUACAAACUUCCCGGACCAUCAUGCUUGCAAACUCUGCACCUUUUAUCAAUGGCAAGCAGAGGUAUGCUGUGAAUGGUGUCUCAUUCUUCCGUCCUGACACUCCGUUGAAACUCGCUGACUACUUCAAUAUUGGGGGAGUCUUCAAUCUGGGAAGCAUCCCUGACAGCCCCAACUGGGGAAACGGCUACCUUGCCACGUCUGUCAUGGCUGCUAAUUUCCGUGCUUUUGUUGAGAUUGUGUUCCAAAACUGGGAGGACACCGUACAGUCUUGGCACAUUGAUGGCUAUUCCUUCUUUGUUGUUGGGAUGGAUGGGGGGCAGUGGACGCCAGCAAGCAGAUCACGCUACAAUUUGAGAGACACAGUUGCCCGUUGCACGACUCAAGUUUAUCCCAAGUCAUGGACUGCAAUCUACAUUGCACUGGACAAUGUGGGAAUGUGGAACAUUAGGUCCGAGAACUGGGCAAGGCAAUACUUGGGCCAACAAUUCUAUCUGAGGGUAUACUCCCCUGCAAAUUCAUGGAGAGAUGAAUAUCCUAUCCCAAAGAAUGCUCUUCUUUGUGGUCGAGCAUCCGGUCGCCACACCCGACCUCUUU